UCUGUCUACACUAUUCACUUUCCUAGCAUAUUCUCAACAUUUUUAUCUUAACCGGGUUGCCUCCCUUGGGCCCCAUGUUGAUAGUAUCACUUGGCUGAAGAAUGAUUUUUAGUAGCUCCCUUUGAUCUACCCAGUGGAGACCAAAGCCUACCGGUGAGUAAUCCACACACGUGUUCUGGUUCUGAAAUAACUCUUUCAACUUUAUACUCUGUUCUCUUCUUUUUCCAGUCCCAGGCACUUCAGCAGCUGUGGGUUACGGUGCAGACAUGGCCAAGUCCGAGAACUACACCAUACACAACCAGUCCCAAAAAUGGCACAGAAAUGGCACCAGGAAACUCCAGUCACAAAGAUAUGAAUCUCUUAAAGGGGUGGACCCCAAGUUCCUGAGGGACAUUGUUUGCCAAGAAGCACACGAGAAGAGCCCAAACAAGACGCAGGCCAACAAGGCCGAGGCUGUGAGUGCCUGUGCAGAAGCUACCACGGCCCUUGUCAAUCCUAAGGAAGCUGAGCUCAUGGCCCCGAAGGCUGUCAGCCGCAAGCUCCAUCGACUUGCCUACAUCGCCUACCCCAAGCCUGGGAUGCGUGCAUGUGCCUGCAUUGCCAGGGGUCUUGGGCUGUCCCCACCAAAGACCAAGGCAAAGGCCAAGACCAAGGCUCAAAUCAAGGGUGAGGCCAAGGCACAAACCAAGCCUCAGGCCCAGGCUGUACCUGCAGCCCCAGUUCCAGCUCAGGCUCCUCCUAAAGGUGCCCAGCCCCCCUAUGAUAGCCCUGUAAUAACAGUCUUUGCCAGCGAAUGCAAGGGCAGAAGGCCUGGUGACUCCUGGGCUGCUGUGUGCAUGGGGCUAGUGUUCUUCUGUGCUGUUUACUGUGGAAAUAACAGAGCCGAUGGGAAGCUCUGUUGGGUUUCAGAGGCUCGGCUGAGGCGCAUUGCAGUGAGCCGAGCCGGCAGGCAACGCUGGAAGAGAAGUGUGGUCUUGCUCUGCGGCGUGGUAGACAGGAAAAUUGCUUCUCCACCAAAGCGACGCCCCAGCACCUGUGACAAAUCACCUUGGAUGCCAAAAGAGCUAAAAUCCCCUUGGGGACUGGAGAACUUCGUGGUUGGGGACUCUCGACAGAGCUGCUGCAGGCCAGUGCCAGAGUUGGGAGCCCUCGGCAGCUGCAGUGGGCAGGUUGCAGAACGUGCAGCCCUCCAGGCGACCCCAUUUCUCUUUCUUCAAUACCCCUUCGCUGCCAGACAAGGUGUAGGUGGAUGA